AUCCAUCUGAACGAGGCAAAGAGGCCCAAGACGGAGGUGAAUAUUUUGACGACAACAUUCAACGGCUUCAGCUGGAAGCCUCGAAGAGGGCUAUUGGUCCCUUUUUCUUGGCCGAUUUGUUGCCGAUUUUAUUUCAGCGAACCCCGAGUUUCUGCCGAUUUUUCCCUCUCUUGUCUCUUUCUCUCAGCUUCGAUCUCAAGCUCGAUCGAAGAGGAGAAACGGAGGUGGCAGCCUUUUCUCCCGUCGCUCUUUUUCUUUUUCGUUAUUUUGAUCCAGGAAAGGGGAGAGGGAGGCUUCCUUCUUCCUUUUGGUUCCAUCCUUCUCAAUCCAUGAAGUAGUGAAGAACGACGAAAUGAGUAUGAUGGUGGGAACGAUGAAAAUGGUCCUCUGCGUUUCGUUUUUGGUGCUGCCAACGGUCGUCCAACCUGCGAUCAUGGAUGACAUAUGGGCAGCCGGUGGAUCUGCAGCGGGGCAGAGGAGGUGGUUGUUGAGAUCUCUGAACGAUCCCGGGUCGUCCGAUUUCGCCGUCGAAUUGAAUGGCUCCAACUUCGAUGAGGUCCUCAAGAACGCCCCUUCUCCUUGGGCUAUUGUCGAGUUCUUCGCUCACUGGUGUCCUGCUUGUCGAAAUUACAAGCCUCAAUACGAAAAGGUAGCUGUGCUUUUCAAUGGAGCAGAUGCGGUUCAUGGUGGGAUUAUACUUAUGACAAGAGUAGAUUGUGCCUUAAAGACAAAUACAAAACUCUGCGAUAGAUUUUCUGUCGGACAUUUCCCCAUGCUUUUGUGGGGUCCCCCAGCUGAAUUUGCAUCUGGCAACUGGGAACCCAAAAACAACAAAAGUAAAAUACAGGCCAUUGAUGAUGCACGAACAGCUGAUCGCUUGCUUAAUUGGAUCAAUAAGCAAAUAGGCAGGAGUUUUUCCUUUGAUGAUGAGAAAAUGGAGGAACAGCAUCUGCACUCACAAAAUAUUUCAGUUUCUGGGCCAAUUUUGCAAGCUAUCUUUGAUGUUGAGGAAGCAACAGCUAAAGCCUUUGAGAUUAUUUUUGAGCAUAAGAUGGUGAAGCCUAACACUCGUGCUCCUCUUAUACAAUUUCUACAGCUUCUCGUCGCUCAUCAUCCUUCUAUGAGGUGCCGAAAGGGCAGCUCUGAGAUGCUUAUCAACUUUGACAAUGCUUCCCCCUUGAACUUUUGGUCACCUCAUACAGAGAAGGAUGCUAUUCCUAUAGAAAAUAGUGUACUUAAAAGCUCUCAUGUUUGUGGUGAAGAAGUUCCCCGUGGAUACUGGAUAUUUUGCCGUGGCAGCAAAAAUGAGACUAGGGGAUUCAGUUGUGGAUUAUGGGUGCUGCUACACUCACUAUCUGUCAGAGUUGAUGACGCAGAGAGUCAUUUGGCUUUUUCUACCAUCUGCAGCUUCAUUCAUGACUUUUUUAUUUGUGAGGAAUGUCGUCAGCAUUUCUAUAAGAUGUGCUCCAGCGUAGCCAGUCCUUUCAAUAAAACCCAGGAUUUUGCCUUGUGGCUGUGGAGAACACACAACAAGGUUAAUCAGAGGCUAAUGAAAGAAGAAGAAGCACUUAAGACUGGAGACCCGAAGUUUCCAAAGAAGGUCUGGCCAUCCAGACUUCUUUGUUCAUCUUGUUACUUGUCUGCCGAUGGAGAAGAAAAUGAUGCUACCAAAGUUAAAUGGAAUGAAACGGAAGUGUUCCAUUUCCUAAUUGGAUACUAUGGAAAGACAAUCAAGUCGGCUUCAGAUAUUUUGAGUAGGAAAGAGAGUCACACAGACAUGGUUGAUGACCUGACAGGAUCCAAUGCAGUUGCUGUACCUGUUGGUGCUGCAUUAGCCAUUGCUUUUGCCAGCUGCGCUUUUGGAGUACUUGCUUGGUACUGGCGAUUACAGCAGAAGAGUCGGAAGUAUCUGCAUCAACGGUAUUCUUCAAAGAACAUAUGAUUAAUGGGACGGGAAGGAGCAUUAACCAAUCAUGCAAGGUCAUGAAGCUUAGGUACAUCGGCAAGCUUCCUUUGAGGUUCUAUGAAUGGGGAAGAUGUGCAUACUCUAGAUAUUUCCAUGUGUGUCUUUUACCUGCGACGUGUAUCGGUUCACUAAACACCAGUUUAGUGUUCGGUGGAGCAACAUCUGAAUAUCCAUCUUAAAAUAGGAUGGAUCCUGUUGUCUGUAUUUCACACCAUAUCAUGUCAAUUUUUUUACAGCUUUUUGUAUUUUAAGAUGAUAUUUGGAUCCCUGCCAAUUAUGUAUUUCUACGGCGUGUGCAGCUUGUGAACAAAUUUUUGGGAAGUUCUGUUGAAUUUCUCUAAUGAUCACGUUUGCAAGAGUGGUCGGAAAUUCAUAUUCCAGCUUCGAGAGAAUUUGAGGAUUAUUUGCAGUUGGCGUCCAGUGGAACACAAGUUUGGUAUACUACAAUUUGGGCAGUACAUAUUAUCUUCCAUGUUAAUGAAGCGGUGCAGGAAGCAGAGUAUUAAAAAUUCAGAGAAGCAGAUUGAAAGAUGAGAUCAGCUUCAGCAUGAUAAAAUUCUGCAGCAUCAAGCUCUGGGAACUUCUUUGAGGCCUUACGAAAUCUUGCAUUCUGCUUAAAAUUCUAUUCUGGUUCUAUUUAUCUCUUGAGGUGGAAUUUGCCUUUUUGAGGAUCACCUUUCUUUUUUGUGUCAAAUUCAGACAUUGCAACUG